ACAAUUCUGCCUUCAGUCCACUCCUAGCUGAUACACUAACUUUGGACAUGUCAGCUCCUGUAUGCACUGACCACGGUCCUUUCUGAGAUGGCAUCUGAGAUUCAGUUAUUCAAAAUUUAAUGAAGUUGGUGACCCUGUGACAAUGUGGAGAAAUCAUGUCAGAAAAUGUGGUUAGUACUGGGGCUGUCAAUGCUGUAAAGGAAGUUUGGGAGAAAAGAAUAAAGAAACUCAAUGAAGACUUGAAGCGAGAGAAGGAAUUCCAACAAAAGCUAGUGCGAAUCUGGGAAGAACGAGUAAGUUUAACCAAGCUAAGAGAAAAGGUCACCAAGGAAGAUGGAAGAGUCAUUUUGAAGAUAGAAAAAGAGGAAUGGAAGACUCUCCCUUCUUCUCUACUAAAACUGAGCCAGCUACAGGAAUGGCAACUUCAUAGAAUUGGCUUGCUGAAAAUUCCUGAAUUCAUUGGAAGGUUCCAGAACCUUAUUGUGUUAGAUUUAUCUCGAAACACAAUUUCAGAGAUACCUCGAGGAAUUGGACUGCUCACUAGACUUCAGGAACUGAUUCUUAGUUACAACAGAAUCAAAACUGUCCCCAUGGAACUAAGUUACUGUGCCAGCUUGGAGAAACUUGAACUUGCUGUUAACAGAGACAUAAGUGAUCUUCCACAAGAGCUCAGCAAUUUGUUAAAGCUUACUCACCUUGAUUUGAGUAUGAACGUCUUUACUACAAUCCCUCCUGCUGUGUUGAACAUGCCUGCCCUUGAGUGGCUUGAUAUGGGAAGCAACAGACUUGAACAACUUCCUGAUACUAUAGAAAGAAUGCAAAAUCUACAUACAUUAUGGCUGCAACGGAAUGAAAUAACAUGUUUGCCAGAAACAAUCAGCAGUAUGAAAAAUCUGAGUACUCUUGUUCUCAGCAACAAUAAACUGCAAGAUAUUCCAGAGUGUAUGGAAGAGAUGACCAAUCUAAGGUUUGUCAACUUCCGAGACAACCCAUUGAAAUUGGAAGUAACACUUCCUCCCAGUGAAAACAUAGAUGAGGAAGAGGAACGGGAAUUAUUCGGUCUUCAGUUUAUGCACACAUAUAUACAGGAGUCACGGAGAGCAGGUGCCCACGUCAACUGCUCGACUCCUUCCCCAAACUCCAUAGAUGCUGAUGGAUAA